UGUUAUCAGAUACUCAAUGCGCAUGUGCUGAUUAUUGACUUAACGCAGGCUCGUUUUACAUGCAAUACACAAAAUGGCGAUACAAGAGGCAAACACUGUCACUGACUUCGACAGGAUUCUCUCCAGCUCUUCAAAUGUAUUGGCUGUAGUGCACUUUUUUGCACCAUGGGCCCCACAUUGUAACCAAAUGAAUGAUGUACUUGAAGAGCUUGCCAAGGAAAAUCCUCAUGUAAACUUUAUCAAGGUUGAAGCUGAAAAACUACCUGAAGUCUCGUAUAAAAAUAAUAUAAAUGCUGUACCAACUUUAUUACUUUUUAAGAAUCAGAAGGUUGUUGAUCGGAUUGAUGGCGCAAAUGCACCUGAGCUAACCAAAAAAGUCGAGCACCAUGCCAGCAUAAUACUACCACCAGAACCAUGUGAACAGCCCGAGACUCAGGAUUUGACUUCAAGACUCAAGAAGCUGGUCAAUAGCUCACCUUGUAUGUUAUUCAUGAAAGGCACCCCUCAGGAACCCAAAUGUGGUUUCAGUCGUCAAGUUGUUGGAAUUCUGGCUGGAGUUGGUGCACAGUAUAGCACAUUUGACAUCCUAAAGGAUGAGGAAGUCAGACAGGGUCUGAAAAAAUACUCUGACUGGCCUACAUAUCCUCAGCUGUACAUAAAUGGUGAGCUAGUUGGUGGAUUGGACAUCAUUAAGGAAUUGGCUACCAGCGGUGAGCUGGCAUCUAUGUUGCCGCCAAAACAGGAUCUAAAAACAAGAAUUGAAAGUCUACUAAAAUCUGUGAAUGUUUUGCUGUUUAUGAAAGGAAGUCCUGAGAAUCCUCGAUGUGGGUUUAGUCGACAAAUUUGUGAGAUUCUUUCGCACUACAGUCAAAGGAUCAGCUACAAGUCUUUUGAUAUCCUUGAGGAUAUUGAGGUUCGAGAAGGUCUCAAGAAGUACUCUAAUUGGCCGACCUACCCUCAGUUGUACGUCAAGGGGGAGCUUAUCGGAGGACUGGACAUAGUUAGGGAACUCCAUGGGAAUGGCGAGUUGGAAGAUGCUCUAAAAAGCUCCCAGUAACGACUACAAAAUUAGAAAAAUAUCUGCUAUAGGGUCAUUUUAGGUAAAGUGGAAUAUGUUAUGUAGCGCGUGAGUUAGGUCUGGACCAGUUAUGUAUGGGGAAUUAUUUUUACCUUGAGCAAAAAUGGUUACUGUGUGAUCCUAAACUUAAAAAAAAAGAUGAAUUUCGACAACAAGGAUAAGCUGAGUGAGUUUCUUACCAUACCGCAGUUGUAGGAAGUGAAAAAUAAAAUAUAUUUGCGUUGAAUUCAAAA